GGGGGAGGAGAAAGCUUCUUUUGUCCCUGUCCCUCCAUUUUUUAAGUGCCCCACCGUUUCUUGAUUUCUGCUCAAUUGGGUUUUGACUUCUACUGCAGAUUGAGGCAAUUGAGCUGUCUGCUGUUGCCGGCUGAGCUGAGCUGCUGAGAUUCCUUGUUGGGUUUUAGAUCAUAUCCAAGAUGGAGGGCAAGUUUGCAAUCAAGAAGGAUGUAACUGAGUUGAUUGGUAACACUCCGAUGGUAUACCUGAACCAUGUAGUGGAUGGCUGCGUGGCCCAAAUUGCUGCAAAGCUGGAAUCGAUGGAGCCGUGCUCUAGCGUGAAAGACAGGAUUGCACAUAGUAUGAUCAUGGACGCAGAGGAGAAAGGGCUGAUUACGCCCGGAAAGACGGUCCUUGUGGAGCCUACAAGCGGAAACACAGGCAUAGGAUUAGCAUUUAUUGCGGCAGUUAAAGGCUACAGACUUAUCCUCACAAUGCCCGCUUCAAUGAGCAUCGAGAGAAGAAUUGUGCUUCGGGCUUUCGGGGCUGAGCUGCAUAUCACUGACCCCGCCAAGGGAUUUAAGGGGGUCCUCGACAAGGCCGACGAGGUAGUGAGAAGCACACCAAACAGUUAUAUGCUCGCUCAGUUUGCAAAUCCUGCCAACCCAAAGAUUCACUAUGAAACCACGGGACCAGAAAUAUGGAGGGACUCAGAAGGGAAAGUUGAUGCCCUGGUCUCAGGGAUAGGAACUGGAGGAACAGUGACUGGCGCCGGUGCAUUCCUCAAGGAGAAAAACCCAGAAGUAAAGGUGUAUGGGGUAGAGCCAGUCGAAAGUGCAGUCUUAAGUGGAGGACCACCAGGCAAGCAUCUUAUUCAGGGAAUUGGGGCCGGUUUCAUUCCUGCAGUUCUUAAUGUUGACCUGCUCGAUGAAGUAAUUCAAGUAUCGAGCGAGGAAGCCAUUGAAACUGCAAAACUUCUUGCUUUGAAAGAAGGCUUACUGGUUGGGAUAUCUUCAGGUGCUGCUGCUGCAGCUGCAAUCAAAUUGGCUAAGAGGCCUGAGAAUGAAGGAAAAUUGAUUGUUGUGAUCAUCCCGAGCUUCGGAGAGCGUUACCUGUCCACUGCACUCUUUGAUUCUAUCAGGGCCGAGGCGCAGAGCAUGACUUUUGACUGAGUUGCAAGGCUCAAGAAUCACUUGUUUCUGUACAACUUGUCGAAAUAAAGGAAUAUUCCAUAAUUUGAUGUUGAUUCAAAAUUCAUGGUCAAGACAAAGGAGAUGUUGGUUUGGAUGAUAAUUGAAUGUUAAAUGUUAAUGGCCUCCUGAUGGAAUAGUUGAUGAUUACAAUUUGUCUUAUCAAAAAACUUCUUGGAGAUGAAUGGAUAUAGUAUGGGAUCGCCA